AUGUCGGCUGGUUAUUUUUUCAUAGUUUUAAAUAUUGCAACAUGUGCUGGUUUUAUAAAGGCCUACAAUUCGGAAAAUAUAUCGCAAAAGAUUCUGCAUAUGGUGGAACCUCUGUCUGUUUACACGAAACAUUCGGAUUGGGAAUUAAAUGAAGAGAGACUGGAAAAUAGGUACCUUCACUAUGCCAUGCUUUUCAAUGAGAUGGAAGCCGUCAGUAAGAGAUGCCCAACCAUAACCUCUCUUUACACUGUUGGUAAAUCUGUUGGCGGUCGGGAUUUAUGGGUUCUGUCCUUCGGAAAAGUAUCAAAAUACCAUGCGCUCGGAGUUCCAGAAGUUAAGAUAGUCGGAAAUAUGCAUGGUAACGAGGCAAUAGGGAGAGAACUUAUCAUACGUCUUGCAUAUUUACUUUGUUUGAAUUACGGUUCUGAUGAACUGGUUACACUGUUGGUGAACUAUACACAGAUCCAUCUCAUGCCAUCAGCCAAUCCUGAUGGUUUCGAAAUUUCCAGUGAAGGUGAUGAAAGCAGUCUUAUUGGUCGCAAUAAUCUUCACAAUGUUGAUUUAAAUCGUAAUUUCCCAGAUCAAUUUGGAAAAACUUAUGAAAAUAUGGUGCAGGAACCAGAAACUGAAUUAAUAAUGAAAUGGUCUAAAUCGCAUUCAUUCGUGUUAUCAGGUAAUUUACAUGCUGGUUCACUGGUUGCAUCAUAUCCAUUCGAUGGAAGUGAAAAUAUGACAACGUAUUACUCUGCUUCACCAGAUGAUGCAACAUUCAGACACUUAGCAAUGGUGUAUAGUCGUGCGCAUAAAAGUAUGUAUCUGGGUAGACCUAAAUGUGAUCCAUAA